AGUGACGUCACUACUGUAGGAGAGGAUCCGCCUUGGCCAGCGGGUUCCGCUCCACAGAUCGAUCACCUGAUGUCGUCUACAUCGUGUAAACAAAGCGUUGGGUCAACCAAAACGAGUUGUACAUUUGAGUUUUAAGGCCCAAUUAUGGCUACGGUUAAAAAGGACAAUAGACUGACAAGUUCGCAGAGCUUCUCGUGCGUUGGCUUUGCGGGUUUAUUCAGCAAAAGCGCCACGUCGCCAUUGGAAGUGGUGAAGAUUAAAAGUCAGGUGGGAACAUUUCAUUGUAAAAAAGGUUUCGGACAAACUUUUCUCCUCAUCUACCACCACGAGGGACUCAAAGGUUUUUGGAAGGGGAAUCUCGUCUCUUGUCUUCGCUUGUUCCCCUACACGGCCGUCCACUUGGCAAUCUACAGAAAAAUAGUCCACCUUCACAUGGAUGAACUGGGCUUCAUCUCCCAGGCCAGGGCCAUCGCGGCGGGUGGACUGGCAGGCGUGGCAGCGGCUCUUGCCACGUACCCCCUGGAAGUAGCCGAGACCAGGCUGAUCAUCCAGAACUGCCGGGAGCCUUCGUACACCGGCAUUGUUCACACGCUGGCCAAGAUCCACAGCACCGAAGGCCUGCUUGCACUCUACAGGGGCUUUUCCCUCACUGUCUUAGGCGCCUUUCCCUUCUCUUUGGGAUGCUACAUGGUGUACACGAAUGUGGACAAAGUGUGGCAGGAGCCUCCUUUCCGUUUCUCGCCUCUGCAAGAUUUCAUCAACGGCUGUCUAGCAGCAGGAGUGGCACAAACGCUCUCUUACCCUUUUGAGACUGUCAAACGCAAGAUGCAAGCGCAGAGUUCCCGACUGCCGCAUUUCGGUGGAGUUGACGUGCAUUUCAGCGGUGUGACCAACUGUUUUGUACAAGUGGUCAAAAAUAAGGGCGUCCUCUCACUCUGGAAUGGACUUGCCGCUAAUACCAUAAAGAUUGUCCCCUACUUCGGCCUCCUUUUCGCCUGCUUUGAGCUGUGCAAGCAGGUUUGCCUGUACCGCAACGGCUAUAUCGUUUCGCCGCUCAGCUACACGCCGGCGCCCGGUGUGGACCAGAGCCUCAGGCCGGCCGAACUGCAGGAAAUGAAGCGUUACCUGAGGAAUCGAAGCUUUGGAGCCGGAAGCCAGUCCUCCAUCGGAAACCGCUGGUGAAGGCCUCCACGGGGAGGAAAAGUGAUGAAUAUACUUUGACAGAGCUUGCAAAAAAAAUACACCUGCAGUAGCGCCUGAGAUCCAAAACAAAAAUGUGCCUUUGCAGUCUUUCAGACCUGCCUGUGAUGAAAAUAAUUAGCUUUUUUUUUUUUAAUUUGCUUUUUAUUUUUACCCCUCCCGCACAUGUAUGUAUCCUGUAAAAACCCACAAAAACAAUCACUCAAUGAACUGCUAGAACGAACGUUAAUGCAUAAUCUACAAAACGAAAAUGACUGCUGUGUUUAGAGAGGAAUUAAUUUAUUAACAUGCGAGUGUCUGUGCUUUUGAGGGAGUAUAACAAACACAUCUCACAAAAGGACACUCCUGUAUUUAUGAGCACUGAUGCAUUUAUGAGCUCUUGCAUAAUUUCUAGAUAUUUGCUCAAUAAUGCUACUUUUUUUUUUAUGUGUGUUUCAGUUUUACUGGGUUUACUUUUAUUAUUUAUAUUGAAAAUGACUCUCUGGCAAUGUCAAUGAAAAUUAAUUUGUCGGAUCUCAUACAAGUGUUAGAAACCAUCAUCUGCAUUAAUUGCAAAUGAUGAUAUCAUUACAGAUUCCUUCUACCUCUUUUUUGCUGUCAGUGUUAUAAGGAAGAAGGCGCUUGUCAAACUCACAAAGUGCUUUACCUGGUAAAAAUAUAGUCAUGACCAAUACAGCCAAUACAAAAACAACUACUCAAAAUAAUUACAAAACAAAUCAGAGUUAAAGAUCCAGUUAAUUUAAGCACAUUUCCACUAUGCAAAUUUCGUCUUAGUUACUGCAAAGGACUACUUUAGUCAUAUCGUGCCUUAAUAGUUAUUUAUUUAGGUUAUUACAGCACAAAAAUAACCUAAAAUGCUCUUUCGUGCUGUAAAUGGAUGCUUGAUGAAUGUUUGAGACUUAUGUGCAAUGUUGUGUGAUAAAUGACACUUUGAAAUGAA